GUCUCUGGUGACACAGGCUGUUUUUGAAAGAAAACAAGAGCGGUUAUAAGGCUGACUUUCUCAAGAACGACAUGCCCUUUUAUUCUAGGAAACAACCAAAACAGCAAGAGGCCGCUGAAGACAAAACCUCUCUGCACACUCCUGCACACGCCGACAGCCUGCUGAAUCCUGGGUUUCUCCACCGUCAGCCACAGGAAGCUUCAUACUUCAGUAAUUCUCCUCUUCAUCAGUGGGAAGAGGAAACUGGGAACUCCCUUUGGAAGGAACACAAAAUCUGUGAAGUUUGAACAAGCAGCCUUCCCAAGAUGUACCGAAUAUCUCAACUGAUGUCAACACCAGUGGCAAGUAAAUGUUUUUCAGGCUCUGAGAGAAGAUAUACCAGAGAGCCGUCUCCCAGAUGCCUUUUCCCAAGUUUUGCCUGUGAUUUCCUGGAUGGUGACAGUUCCUUUGAAGGCUGCUCUGCAGCUCUCUUGACGGGCUCCCACGUUACCUGUCGCCGAAGUCCCAGACUCCUCUCCAAUGGCUACUAUGUUUGGACAGAGGACCCUCUCCUCUGUGACAAAGACGGCAACAUAACUCUGAGCCCACCCCAGGCCAGUGUUCUUUACAAGGAGAAUUUAGUUAGGGUAUUUAGAAAGAAAAAGAGAAUCCGCCCUUCCUUUUCUGAUCUCUUCAGCCUUGGUGCCUCUAAAUCCUGGCAGCAUGGAAAUAUCUUUGGUGAUGUUGACUCUUCCCUAAGUGAGGACACCUGGUUGGAGGGGGUCGGGAGGCUGGACACGCACCAUUGCAACGAUAUCGGCGACGAUCACGAUGGUUCUGCGACUGAUGCACGCGAGGCAGAGCAGCGGAAGGCAGCCUCCUCCUCCAGCCACGCUGCGUCUCGGACUCCGCCAGAGAACUCCCACGACCUGGCCCUUCAGUCUCCAGGGACAACUUCUGAACAUUUCCCGGGGAACCUUCUGGAUCACGCAAGCAAAACAUUAUGUUCUGGCUAGACGUGGUUUAUAAAUCUUGCCUCUGGCGCCUCAGAGCUGUGUGACCUUGAACACACUUCAUCACCCCUCAGUCUUGGUCUUCUCACGUGCAGAGUGAGGACAAUGGUUCCUUCCUUACAGAAACCAGUUUGUGGAGAGACAUCUUCUUUCGAGCAUUUCUCCUGGCCGCGUGCUUAAUCAUUUGUGCGUGUGCAAGGUGAUUUCUGGGAGGGAUAUUUGCCAGUGUCCUCACGUGCCCAUUGAUGAUAACUACUGCCUAUACUGUCACGUCGUUGUUUCUCAGCCUUGCCGACUAUUUCGAAGCCACCACCUGUGCGCAGUAAGUGUUGACUGUGUUACCAUCAUCCUGACGAAGAUGACUGGAGCCGGCUACCUGAGAGCGCUUUUGGCUGACUAAUGGAUGGCAAUGACCAUGCACAGGAAGCGUCCCCAUCAUCUGUCUCGAAGAAUACUUUCUGUUAAUGCUAAAAUCUAAUAGCAUUCUCAUCCAGUCUCUUACAUUUUUACCAGUUCUUCAAAAGUGAGAAAAUUGAGCUUCGAGGCAGUAGGGCUUAAUAAAUAACGUGAACCUAAAA